GUUUGAGAUGAAGAGCGGCUCCUCCAUCACUACGCAGGGCUACAACUCCGCGCUCUGCCCGCCUGUCCAGCGGUCCAGUGCCGCAGCUCCCACGGGCUGCACUGUGGAGAAGCGGACCUGCAUCCUAAAGCCAAGCGGUGUUUUUCCCCCCCUCUUUCUCUCUCUCUCCCUCACUCUCUCGGUUUUUAUCCUCCACCUCAUUGCAGUCUUAUCACGUCCCCCCCACCACCACCACCACCACCUCUCUCCUCUCCUCUCUCUCUCUUGCUCUCGUCCCCCCCACCACCACCUCUCCUCUUCCACCUCCCUCCCUCCCCAUCCGCCUGAGCCGCUACAGGAGAGGGAGAGAGAGAGGGAGAAGAGUGCGGCUGAAUGUGAACGACAUGUCGACAGUCAGCCUCUAAAGUGUUUUCUCGGUCGUUCCCUAAUUCUUUGGCGGCGGACUGAGUGAGUAUUGCCCGCAUCCCGGCUCUGCGAAGCGUCGCUGUGUGGAUCAGAAAGGCUGGUGGGGAGAGACAGACAAUGGGGAGUGCAAUUGGAUUGCGUUACUCUGCCAAGGAUUUUCAUACAUAGCCUGGUAAAUGUCUUAAUAGGUUCUGUUAAUGACUAGCCUGUUUAAUUAGUCAUGCUUUAAUUCUACUAACUAUCACAUUGUGUGUGGUGUAAUGUUAGGGGCUAAUUGAUCUUCUUAAGAGGGGCUGUGGGCUAUCCAGGCUGUUAUAGCCCCCUCUUACAUUUGAUCUGUGAUGCUGCUUGCUUGCUUGCUUGCCUUGAUAGUGCGGCUCUGUGUUGGGAGCAGGGGCCCAUGUAAAAAGCUCAGAGUGAAGCUCGGUGAGGCUCCGGACAGAGAGGACGGUGGGGUAGACACUGGAAUUAUGUGACAUGAAUAAUAUGCCGAAGAAUAAGCAGUGACCGUCAUCUGUGGUCCGCUUGCGUCAGUGUGCAGGUCUAGAGGAGAAAGGAGGGAUAAAAAAAUAAAAAAAAGUCAGAGAGACUUAAGAAAGACAAGGAAGGAAGCCACACCUGUGUCAGGCCUGUUUGCAGAUGGACAGACAGACAGUUUAAGAUUCUGCUGUGCUGAGUCCUUUCCUUUCUUGUUACCAUAAUGAUGCAGAGCUAUGCUGACUCGUCCACUCGGCUGAUUGGAGAAAGGAGGCUCGAGUGUUGACUGUGUUUCUUCUGAUUAAGGAGGGAUGGCCGUCCACCAAAGCAGAAUCUAACAGGAGGGAUCCCAGUGGGCUAUCUGGACUGAGUAUUGAUCUCCCUCAUACAGGGGGGGCUUCAGGCCCGGCCAUAAACAAUGCAUUUUCUCUGACGAAGACGAAGACCCUCUGGGACUGUGAAUGGCUUGUAUUAUGUAUCGUAUUCCGAUUUUUCACACACUAUCGAGCAACUUGGCCCAGAUUAUCCCGUGUUCUACGGAUGUUUUUGAACAGUUAGUUAAGCCAGGGGGGAAAACACGAUAUUCGCCUCGUCUUUUUUUCCACUCUUGGACUGUCCAGCAAGUAUUGCAGUAUUAUCCCGGAUUGUUACGAAAGCACACACUCAUCUACACGUGUCUCACUACCUGCUCCUGUACUUGGCAGGCGAUAAAAGCACACUUUUUUUUUAGAUAUGGUUUGACCUUUCUUGCUUUGUUUCCAGCUUUCUCUCUCUCUCACACACACACAUAACUUGGCUCCGGCUCUGCUUUCUCUGUGAGGCGGGUGUACAUUGUGUGCAGGGCGAGAGGAGGGCUUUGAUGUAAUCAAUAUCAGAUUUCAGCUGUUUCACUGUGAGCUCUCAUCCUGAGUGGCAGCCUUGACUGACUUCUUAGCGCUUAUGCAAUCCCACUCCUCUCUCCCUCUCUCUUUCUCACACUUCCACCUCGCCCCGUUUCCUCUCCCCUCUGUACCCACUCUCUGCCCAUUACUCUUCCUUUAUCUGUCUGUCUCCUCUUCCUCACUCCAUUCCUUCACCUUGUUCCCAUUUCUCCCUCCUCCUCUUCCUCCUCCUACUCGCAUUUCCAGCUCUCCCUUUCGUCAUAAUCAUCUCUGUGAUUGCUCUUCCUCUCCCGGGCGGUGAUGUUUUCACUGCUGCCUCCUUGUCUAACUCGCUGAUGCUAGAUUAUUGCUGUAUGAUUACAGCUACCAUACCAUGGUGAUCAUUAUUGCAUUCCGCAUGGCAGUGUUCAGCACUGUACGAGCAGAUCGAGACGCUUUAUCCAAUUUAGAUCUCAUUAAGACUUGAGAGGAAAUAUCCCCCCCCACUUGCAACACUCUUAUCUCAGCUUUUCUUCUUGUUUUUUUGUUGUUUUGGUUUCCAGGACUGCUGCAACUCUUUCUGUUAUUGCAGCGCCGUCUCAUCAUCAUCAUCACCACCAUCAGCAUCAGUUCACGUUCCUCGCUGUCAUCCCCCUUCACAUCAGCCCUUUUUGAAAACGCUGAAGAGUUUGGAUUGGCAGCGAUGCUUUCACUCCACUGUCAUUAUCACAAUAAUGAUUAUGACGGGACUCGAUGGCUGUUGAUAACCUAACACACUCAGCUGAUUGUUAAUACGCCGUAUUUUUUUGUGCCUCUUCCCUCUGUUCUCUGAUUGCCAUUCAUCUUAUUAAAUGGAGCAGUUCAUUAGGCAGAAAACAUUAUGUGUCUGAUUUGCAUCUUCCCAUAUUCAUAUUGCAUACAUUAAAACAACACGCGCGUGACAUUUCAGCUUCACUGGGUAUUUGAAAGUAUGAAUAUAUUCAUUACAAGUCCCCUCCCUCCCUCCAAACACUUGUCCAAAAGAGCCACUAUGAGAAUGAUAAAAAAUGUGAUUCACAGGUGAGGCGAACUUGCCCACGUGUUUGACUUUUUUGCCUUUUGCAUUUUCAAUGUCAGUGUUUGAAUAUUUAAUUCAAAAGACGUGUCGUAGCAGCCGAGAGAAAGAUUGUUCUGCUUGUUGUUUUUAAAUCAAUAUUUCCCGCUUUGCUGAACCCCAUAGAAACAAAGCUUUGUUUUCCCCACGCUGAGUGCAUCUUACAUAUGUUAAGUUUCUGCUCAUAUCAGCGCAUACUGUGGCCUCCAGUUGGCCUAUAUAUCAUUAAAGCGUUGCAAUGCAAUUCAUCCCCCAUGGCACUCCAGUCUGUGUGAUUUAACUUUUAUUUUCUGACUGCUUUAUUAUGCCUGUGAUGUAUCAUCAAUCUGAUUCAUCCUGAACUGACUUUUGCAGAUGCCUCCCUGGCUGUUAGCCCUUUUCUUUACCGUGUGUGUGUGUCUGUUUCUGUGUGUGUGUGUUUUGGAAUGUAUGCAUGCAUGUGCAGUGCGGUGAAGGGCCGAUGCCGGGCUGUAGCCCCAGGCUGCUGAGCUGAGAGGGAGAAGCAGCAGCAGCAGCAGGAGGAUGCAGUGGGUCGCUCUGGCAGUGGCCCUGGGGUGCGUGCGUCUGUCCCGGACGUCGCAAGGCCCCACCCCCACCCCCACCUCCACACACACGCCUCUGGUGGACAACUCUGAGGAAGAAGUGGACGAGCCGUGCUUCGAGCCGUGCACGUGUGAGGUCAAAGAAGGCGUCCUGCACGUGCACUGCGAUGGGCGGGGCUUCACUAAUGGCAGCCAGGUAGGUAUCGUCCCCGCUCAUUUAUCUAUCCGCGCACGUGGGCCUGCACAGCCCUGCACUUUAUUGCCUUUACCUCAUUAACAUAGCAUAUCUCCAAGUCUAAUAUCCUGUCUGUAACGUGGCUCAUGGCUGUUUCUGACUGUUAAACUCAUGUAAUUAAUGAGAUAACUAAUCAGGACGUCUAAUUAAUCACUCAGGUGUCACAUUCAUGGGUCCGCCCUUUCAAACUCAACCUCCAGAGGAACUCUCUGAGGCGUCUCUAUAGCAACGGGUUUCAGCACCUUGGCAACGCAGUGUCGAUAAACCUUGGCAACAAUGCACUCCAGGACAUCCGAGUGGGAGCUUUCAACGGGCUGGCCAAACUGAGACGCCUCUACCUGCACGAGAACAAGCUGGAGGUCUUCAGAAAUGACACCUUCGCGGGCUUAGAGGCUCUUGAAUACCUCCAGGUAGGGAGGCGAAUAUAAUCCUUAUGAUUGAUGGCGUUAUUGACAAGCUCGCAAGACAUUACAAUAGAAAGCAGUGUGACGGAAAUAGCUAGCAGGUGGCAAGAGUGAGAGAAUGUUCCCGUGGACUGUGUGCCUCAUCUCUCCUGCCGCAUUCAGUCUAUUUUUCAAUUGCAGCAAUUAUCUUCAUCACAUUUUCUCCUCUCACCUGCAGGCCGACUACAACGUGAUCAAACGAAUCGACAGCGGUGCGCUGAGGUUCCUCUUCAAGCUCCGGGUUCUCAUCCUCAACGAUAACCUGAUCCCCGUCUUGCCGGCUCAUCUGUUCAGGUUGGCGUCUGAUUAUUUUCUGCAAAAUCUUUUGAAUCAGACCGGGACUGAUCUACAGAAAUAUCAGUGUCAGACACAAUUAGCCAGUCUGUACUUCUCCUUUGAAUUAAUAUUUCUGUGGCUUUCUAUUUCAUGUCAUAAAAGAGAGAUUAAUCAUCAGAUAAAAAGCAGAUUUCUCAGCGAUGGAAUGUGUGAAGCUUCAUUUUUCACUUACUAUCACGUUGUCCUUUCAUCUAACCUAGCUAACUAUCCCCCCCUCCCCUCGCUCCAGAUCUGUUUCUCUGACUCAUCUGGACCUGCGGGGAAACCGUCUGAAGAGCCUGGCAUAUGCUGGGACGCUUGAGUACGUUGGCCGCUCCCUGAUGGAGCUGCAGCUGGAGGAGAAUCCCUGGAACUGCGGCUGUGAGGCGGUGCAGCUGCAGCAGUGGCUCGGGCAGAUCCCUUACACGGCCGUAGUCGGGGACGUCACCUGCGAGUAUCCCUUCCACCUUCACGGGAAGGACCUGAGGGAGAUCCCCCGCAAGGAGCUGUGUGCGGAUCUCCCAGACAAGGACCUACAAGGGGAAGGGGCCGGUGCUUCAGCCGGGCCCAAACAGUUUCCGCCAAACUCUAAACCAAACUCUCACCCGGGCCGAGUCAGGCCGACUAAACCGUCCUCCAUAGUUCAUGGCUCCCGCCAGAACACUCACACGUCCUCCACUUCCUCGUCUUCUUCCUCAGCUGAGCGCAGAGACAGAGACAGGCAUCCAAGGCCGACAAAAAGGCCUAGACCUUCCAGAAUAUCCCCCACACCCCGCAACCAGAAUCCCCCUAUUGCCGGCUAUCAAACCCGACCCCCCAUCCCCAUCAUUUGUCCUAUCGGCUGCACCUGCAACCUGCACAUCACAGACCUUGGCCUGACAGUCAACUGCAAAGAGAACGGCUUCCUCAACGUGUCCCAGCUCACGCCUCGGCCCCUCAACGGCCGUAAGCUGUACCUGAGCGGGAACUUAAUCCAGAGGAUCUACCGCACAGACUUCUGGAAUUUCUCCAGCCUGGACCUGCUUCACCUGGGGAAUAACCGGAUCUCGUACCUCCAGGAGGGGGCCUUCUCCAGCCUGACCAGCCUGAGGAGCCUCUAUCUGAACGGGAACAACCUGGAGAGGCUCAGCCCACACAUGUUCCUGGGCCUGCAGAAUCUGUGGUACUACCACUCAUAUGUUGCUUUCACCGCCGUCAAACAUACCCGUACACACAAACUACAUGUCAGAUAAGCUAAUUAGACAUAAGUCCAUAAGAAGGUGGAAAUUAAUUACAUUUUGAUCACCAUUAUGUUGGGAGUUUGAUAUGAAAUGAAAGUGCCCAUUCUCCUCCAGGAGUGUCAUUUCUUAGUCACGCUGCCUGACGGCAUGCUUCAAUUGAGGUGUGAGCCUGCAAUGAGUGACAACCUGAAAAUUAAUGUGUUUUUGCAUUUGCAUACAGAGGUGUUGAUAAGGCGCCCGAGACGUCUAGAUGAUGCCAGGAAUCUGCUUUUAAGAAAAAAAGAGGGUUAUUAUGAGACGGAGUCAUCUGAAUGAUGCAUAUGUAUCAUUGUCAGAUUAAGCUCACGAAGAUGAUUCCUCGGUAAAUAUUGCAGCCGGCGAAUGUCGGUGAUUGUAUUUAUGCAGGGAGUUAAACAUUGUUGUGUUUGAAGAAGACAACAGGUCAGCUUUGAUCCUUUUGCUGCGCGGUGAACGAGGGAGUUUGACUCUCCAGCUCCUCCGUCUGUAUUUCGAGACAGGGCUCAGAAAAUCUAAAGGCACAUUCAUUUGACUAUUAAUCAAUAAUAAAGAUCCUCUCAGGGCGUUUUAAAACUCUUCCCUUUAACCUCUCGUUAGCCCUUUUUUAGCCACUCUCGCCCAGGGUGAGUAAGUGAUAUAUUUAAACCAGAUCAAUGGCGCCAGAUUGGAUGACUAUCAUGCGAGGAAAUGUUCCCAGUCAUACUUAAUCCUUUCCUAAAUUCAUGCUGAUUUCUAUUAUUGAAAAAAAGAACCUUAAAAAUUCAAAGUGUAUUUAAUUUGACAUGAUGAUCAGGCCUGCUGAGGCAAGUGUAAGUAGUCAUCAAAGCGAAAUUACAAGAUUUCUUAUUAUCCUGAUGAUCAGAUAGUCAGCUUUGAACAGCGGAGGUGCAGAUUAAGUCGGAUUUCUGUUAUGACUUCUUUGCAUUAAUAUUAAUUUAUGUAAUUAUCAUGCUGGGAUUCAGGAGAGUUCAAUUACCCACGGAAUACUAUGAGAUAAAUAAUUUAUAUUGUACUAUAAUCAAGAAUGACUUAUUCGAACAAAGAUAAGACAAAAACAGAUAAACAGGGGACAUUUUUUUCCUCCUGUGAUGUUGGAUUUGGUGUAAUUUCUCCAUCAGAUAUCACUUGAAACCAUUCACUCUCUCUGCAUGCAUAAAGAGACAACCUGACACCGUCCUAUAUUCCCUCAGGUACCUGUAUUUUGAAUACAACGAGAUCCGAGAGGUCGAUCCAGGGACCUUUGACUCCAUGCCGUCCCUCCAGCUGUUGUUCCUCAACGCCAACCUGCUGCGGAGCCUCCCCCUCGGGGUCUUCGCUGGAGUUAAUCUAGCCCGCCUCAAUCUGCGGAACAAUCACCUCCUGCAGCUCCCCUCGGUGGGCGUGCUGGAGCACCUCACUGGACUGGUGCAGGUUGGUGCAAGCCUCUUCUGUUGAAUGAAUAAGCACGGAUUGAAAAAACAAAGGGAUCCUGAUCUGCUAACCCAGCUCCCGUGUAAAUGAGUCAGAUACCUGGCACCAAGCGUUUUUAGUGAAUUUAGGCCAAACAGCAAACAGAGUGACUACUUGAGUGACAGUGGCAGGGUGAAAAAUGGAGAUUAUUGAAUCGGAUCACCCCUGUUGAUUUACUAAACGAAAGUGUGCAUAAUUAUAGAGUGUAUUUGUUUCAAAUGUCAGACUGUGAGAUUAAGAGAACUAAUGGAUUGCCAAGACACAUUACAUUAUCCCAGCUUGAUGAAACAAACAAAACAAGCAGAGAGCUUCAGAUCCAGCCCAUACCCAUUUUUAGAACUUCUGGCAGCCCCCUGAUCUGCUGGCCUCUGGCACAGCUGCAGCUCUCUCUCUGUCAUCUGUUGUUUUGAGAGCUCUGCUGUGGCAUGUGGGACCAUAGUUGCGCCUCAGGUAUUCUAAUUGGAAAAUUGCAAUUGACUGGAUUUGCAUAAGUGGUCUUAAUAAAUCAGGAGCUAAAAUGGAGAAAGCUGAACCCCUCAAGUUUUUGAUCAUUGUUGUAAUUAACACACCUCUUAGUAAAAAGCUUGCGGAAAGCACCGUGUGUGUGUGUGUGUGUGUGCGUGUGUUACACUCGGUGGUUGAGUCAGACCUUACCUUGCACAUUUUACUGCAGCAUUACAGUAUAUGACUGCUCGCCGUACACAAUGCUGGGAUAAGAACCGUAACCGAGGUAUUACAAUUUUUUAUCCUAUCUCCUCUCACUUCAGCAUAUUUAGUGUACCAGGCUUUUCUUAGACACCCCGAGUAGAAUGAGGUAAGGUGGGUGUGGAUUAGCCUGAAUGUCAUUGUAAAUUUCAGUUUGACUUUGCUCCAUGAAAAAAAUUCCUAAUUCGAGGUAGUGUGGGUGAAGCUGGCAGUUCAGAAGCCGCUUCUAAAUAUUUGCUCUGGGGAAGGACGAUUGUGGUUUACGGAGCCAUGUGGAAGUGUAUUAUGUUUUUUGCGCCUCUGAUAUCCAAGAGCAUUAAAGCAUUCACCAAAUGGAAGUACACUGUGAGCCACAUUCACUGAGCGCAGUGGUAUCACCGCCGUAGUUCUCAAAAAUCUGUUCCACGCUAAUUGAAUUCAUUCAUUUACCAGGGUUGUUAUUACUCUGACAAAGCCACGCUAGCACCGCAGAAAAUAAUGUUACAGUGAUAUCACCUGUUGACUCAUCCCUGGCCUGUUUGAAGCCCGGGCAGGGGGAUUUCUGGGCGCAGGCGUGCGAUUUCCGAGCCAGAGUUUGCACACUAAAAUCAAAGGGUAACACAGAUGGAGACGGGGUGAGGCUCACAGCUGCUGCAAAAAGCAGGCCAUUUUGAUAAUCAUAAAGCAGCAGCAUGUAUAGCUUAGAGUCAUUGUCACCAUCAAAAACUGGAUUAAACUGCUACACCCACUUACAUGCACUGAUGUCUUUGGGAGAAAAAAAUUAACUCCCUGAUGUCACUUUUAUUUAAAACAACCAUUAGGGAGACAUUACAGAGCACAUUAAAAUGGCCAUGGUGUCUAUGAUUUCAUUAAACAAGUCAAGCCCAAAUGAGAUUUCUGAUUAAAAGUAACAGUAAAAAAAAAAAAAAAAAAUCAGGUUAUGUGAAUAAGCAUCAUCUGAGCGGAUGCCAAAAAUCUGUACGGUUCAGGAGUACAUAUGUCUUUCUCGGCAAAUGCGAAAAAAAGGAAAAAAACACGUUGUAUAACAGAGCAGCUCUCUCUCAUCACUGCGAGCUGCGAGGAAUAGAAACUUGCCCACAGCCACAUCUCACCCUGCGCGAUGUCAGAUAGAAAAAAAAAACAAAACAAUGUGUACUCCAGAAAAGAUUGACGAAAACAACACAGCAUCCACCAGGGGCAGGCCUGACAUGAAAGAGAUGCAUGUAAUGCCCGACUGGAAUUAUUCAACUUAUUAUCUGUUUUAAUUGAGUCUCUGUCAAAACUUCCUGGAGCUACGUAAACCGCAGCAUCAGUGAAUCAUCAAUGACACUUUUUAAAGGUUAACUAUAUGCACAAACUUAUACUUGAGGGAAUUAUUUGACAUUUUGGUAAAUACACUAAGUCUCUGCUAUAUUAGAUGAGAGAAAUGAUGCCUCUUCUGUAUCUUUCCAUUAAGUUUAAGGAAACUGCCGGCAGCCUAGCUUAACCCUCCUCCUGUGUUAGGGACCGACCCGUUUCUGAUUUUAAAUACUUAAAAGAACCACAUAAAUGAGCUUUUGUGCAUCAAGACUUUUUGACUUUGUCAGGGACCUCUAUUUCAACAAAAUAAAAAUAAAAAAUUAAAUUGACUUUUGCCGGUCUGAUCAAUAUCUAAUAAUUAGAGCAAGAACUAAAAUCAUAAGUGCCCUCUCAGGCACCACACUGACAGUCAGAUCCUUUUCCAAUCCUGUGAGAUAUAGGAAAUUCUCAUUUUCCAUGUUUUUCCUGCACAAAAAACAACGUCGGGCAUGUCCAGACAUGUGAGAUCAAUUCAGUAUAGAUGUCUGUAUGAGGGGUAUACUGACAAAGAAAGACCCAGAGGCCCACUACAAAAAAUAUCAUAAGCAAUAUUUUCAUGGAUAAUGAAGCCUAACAAGGUAACCUAGAGAUGAGAACCAAAUUAGAUGAUAGGUAAUUAUUUUUAGUGUAAUUUAAAGCUAAUUUAACCCUUAGAUUUACAUCCUUUCUUAACGCUCAGUGGCUAAAAACAGCCACUGACAUUGACUGCUGUAAAAACAUAUUGGAUUCAUAUUUUUUCCAGAUUUUUUUUUCAUAUAUCUCUUAAUUAACUUCUGCUCUAUUCAAAACUAGUAAACGUUUCAUUAAGAAUCCAAAUUUUAACCCUUUAAGGACCCAUUUAAAACAUAAAGUCACUAAUAUUGGGAAAGAAAUUGGAGGAAAAUGACAGAUUUUUAUUAGAUUCAUUUUCUACCAUAUCAGUGACAUUAUAUUUUGAAUGGACCCUCAAAGGGUUAAAAAAAUGUUUUUAGAUAAAACAUUUACUAGUUUUGAUCAAAGCAGAAGUUAAUUAAGAGAUAUAUGAAAAAAAAUUGGAAAAAAAUAUUAACCCAAUAUGUUUUUACAGCAGUCAAAGUUAGUGGCUUUUGAACUGGUGAAAAUUUUGAAGUCAUAUUCUCAAAGUGUCCAUCAAUAUAAGCAUCUGCACAAAAAAAUCAUCCCAUUUGCUGCAGUAAAAAAAAAGUUACGUGGAAAUUUGUGGCUAAAUUUUUCCCCUAGUGGCUGAUUUUACACAAGGGUUAAGACACGGGUCAAAACCAAGCCUUAACAUGGAUGGUGCGUAGUAAAAGCUAACACAGGAGGAAGGUUAAAAAGUUGAAGCAGAGAAAAAGCUAAGCUCAUCCCGUUUGAAGCAUUAAGUAUCAUGUUUUUAUUAUUUGCUGGAAAAAGGUUAAAGCGGCGGAAAGUUGGCUGAUCUUGACUCUUGACAGAGUCAUCAGUUUUUGGCGUUGGAGUUGUGUGGCUGUUGUGUUGUUGCUAUUUCAAACUGACCCUGAAAGCCCUCAAAAGAAACCAAAAGUAAACAGCUCUGUCCUGACUUGAUUACGUCUUUGGAGUAAAGGUAUCUAUCUGCUGAACCAUCAACCGCUUUCAGAAAGUCCUUGAAAUGUGAGAGAAACUGACUCAGCCUGUGUGACUCAACAGCUUAGCCCAGUUCGGCCAACAUUUGGCUAAUGAUUUAUGAACUCUUGUAGCUGGUGGCAUGAAUCUUGGAGAACAACGAUAAAUAAUUUCUCCCUCUAACACUCACUGCUUGUUGAAAUGUUAAAAUCUUCUCGCUGUUGUCAGGCUGCCACAGGAGUUAAAGGCUGCAGUUCAAGCGAACGUCAAGGGUUUGGCAUCACGGUUCGUGUCGCUAAAGUGGCGAGAACAGUCGUGCGAUGUGGAUGGAAAUGAACUCGGCGGCGUGGAAAGCUGUGCUUGUGAUAAUUCACGUGUUUAUUCACCGUCCACCAAACAGGACACUUAAGUCCUUCAGCCACUUCUGACAGCAACAGCUCUCUGCUCGCAAAGUUACAAAUAUCACAAAAGGCGGCGUUUAUACAUCUCAUCUUUCCACUGAGAAUGAAAGUAUGACACCACAACACGAGGGUUUAUCAUAAGCGCUAAAGGCCUCAUCAGCUCAUAUUUAGUAACUCCAUUAAAAGGUCACCUGUCAGUACAACUCCCGCUCCCUCACUGUGGCCUUUACUAACAGCUGGCUGGUUUACGUCCUGGCAUGUUUAAGAACAACCCAGCGGAUAUGUUUAUACUCUUAAAAACAAGUUGAAAAAAAAAGAAAUGUUGUAAUGUCAGCCAGCAUUUCACUCAAAACUGCUCAGCGCAGCGAAAACACAACGACCACAGGUGUUUUGGACAUAAACACAUUAGCUGCUGAAAUACAAGCCUUUUAGCAGAUCUGUUUGACCAGUCUUCUGGCAGGCACGCCGGUUUGUUUUCUAUUUCAGGACGGUGAGAUGGACCUUACUUUCAUUUACUGUCUGUCCCAGUAUUUCAGUUAUAGUAAACAAAGCGAGCGUACGACGAAACAAGCCCACGCACGGAAGGAGAUCAAGGGUUCGUUCUUUAAUCUGGAGUAAAACUAAUUGUUUUAAUAAAGAGCAAACAUGCGAUUUUACAUAGCUUUGCUGCAUGGCACCGACACAGAGGAUCCAGAUUUGUAGUACGGCAGCAGUGGAAGAUGGUGUUUGUUUUUCCUCAGAAUUAAAGAUCAAGGGCUUCUCUCUAGACUCACCAUGCCGCACUGAUGUUCAGCAAUCACACAGAGGCAGAGAGAGUCAGUAGAUUUCUCGACUGACAAUAGCCUCAAUGGAGCAGAAACUCUUGCUCUUUGCUCUCUGCUAUUACUACCACUCUCUCUAUCUCUCUCUCUCUCUCUCUCUCUCUCCACCUACAUGAAACACAAACCGCUGGAUAGAACAAGUUCACGCUCCUUCUCGAGGGGUUGUUGAAGACGCUUUGGGAAAUAUGGGAAAUCACUACAAGAGAGGUAGUAGUCGACGAGGUAGGCAUGCGAGGCGUACUACAACCAGUAAAAAGCACUUCUUGGAAAGCGCUCAGAAUUACAGGAUGAUGAAAUUUAACAGCGUCAGUGUAUCCUCGUAUGAACUGCUGUGGCGCUGUUCUCGGGCUUUGUAUGUAUAAUAUCUCAAAUUUACUGUAGCCAAGAAGACAGUUUUCCAAUACACGCACGCCUCAGAAAGAAGAAAAAAUUAAUUUUGCGUACACUGCAGAUUCUUCCUCAAAUGCGCUCUUUUCAUUUUUGCUCUGUGUAUUAUUCAAAAGACAAUGAAACACAUUCAUCAGUAUGGGGGGAGAGGCUUGGCAAGCGGAAGCUCAGGGGGUGCCUCGGCUCGACUGGAGACUACAGCAAAAUCCCUGCACCAGAUCUUCCAAAAAAACCCUGCUUCUAUUGACUGUACUUCUGCAGCAAUUCAGAUGACUGACAGUAUCCCACCAUUUGAGCAAAGUGAUCAAUUAUAAGACACGCGGCUCGCCGAGAACAUCCCCAAUAUCUCCCCUGAUGGGUUUUUUUUAUGGCACCUAAAUAAAUCUUGGACAAUUAUUGCCUGAUCUUUGAUCCCCGUCAUAAUGAUAAAAACCCACAAGAGCAAAUUUACUCAGCUUCUGCGGCCAAAGCACGGCAGUUUCCAUCUCAAAUUGAUUCCAGUGUUUAAGACCAGCAGAGUGAGUUUUUGUGUUUUUCCUGGAAUAACAGUAAAUGUGCUUAAAAAUGUCGUAUUUAAACACGUCUGCCGACACACUGUCUUCUGCGUAUACUGUGAGUUAAUUAUAGAGUGCAGUCUAAAUACUGUGAGUUUACUAAAAGCUUUUCUGUUUUAAAAGAAAAAAAAACAACAUUAUGAUUUCAUGCACUCUUGUUUUCUCUGCUACAAGCACCUGUAGGGGCUAACCGGAGGUCUAUAAUUUGCCUUCGCAGCAGAGCUUUGAUUGACAGGUCGACAGCAAAUCACACACGAGGUGAUCAGGCGUAAGAAUUUUAAACGCUGUCUGACAUGUUGGACAGAUGCUCGCAAAAGAGGAGGGGACGGAUCCCCGGGGAUCGGCGCUGAAGCAAACGAUACCUGAAAUAAAAUGCUUCAGAAAUUUCAACCAGAUGGAAGUUUGUUGAUAUAAAAGUCACGCAACUGCCAAAACAAGGCAAUAAAUGUGUUUAUUAAACGCCUCCUUCUUUAGCGUGCAGUCGUGCUGAAUUACAGCACAGUUGUAGUCAUGCAGUCAUGCUAAAACACAGGGAAGGCGAACCCUGAGCUGAGCUGAAACUGCAGCAGAGAGUUGUUUCUACUCGCUCUCAGAUUGCAAUCAUGCCAUUAUUGCAGCCUCACAAAAGCCCACAGUGGGCUAACUCCAAUAAAGUGAAGGAGCUUCCUGUUGUUCAGAGUGAGGCACUGGGAAGUAGCCGUACCAUGGCUCCCACAACAGCACUGCUGAAUCAUCUGGAAAAGCAUCCAUCUAUAUCUGCAAGCCAGGGAGAUGGCCUAACCAAAUUAGCAUGACAACAUUUGCACAAGGCACUUGGAAGUGUGACAGAGCGAAUAUCAGCUUUCAUUGCCAGUGUCGUUGCUAAAGAUACUGAGGAGAUCAGUUCCACAGACAAUAACGUGAUGUAAGUGAUUCCCUUUCGUGCAUAAUCUGCUUUCGCCGUGUGGCAAAGUGAAUAUGUGAGUUUGUUUUAGGACGGGAAAUCAAACUAGCUGGCAGUAAGAAAAUGGAUUUACGCGCAUACCUAUUGGAUUAUGGCACACGGGAGGGUUGCAUCACCUCCUGUCUAUUGUUCAAAAGCGCUGUGAUACACUCGCACGCCUGUCGCGAAACACCUGCCAGGGAGUUUGGUCGAUAACCACUUAUGCAAACUCUGAGUGGUUUUUAUUGUGAACUGAAAUACUUCCUACAACCCGCUGUAGCGAAUGUGUGAACAGGUUUUAUGGAGAGCCCUUGUGGGUGGUACAAGUUGAGUUGGUCACCGCUCAGAUUGGUCUCUAUAAUCGAGAGCACACGGUGCGUGCCCACUGCUAUUCAGGAAAUGUGCGCUCUCUAAUGUUCCCGCGACCCUGUUGUAACUUUAUUUACAUAUAAUCAGAACUUUAGCAUCACCCGCGUAUUACGAAGUGUGAAGUAAAGACUCUUGCCAAGGUGGAGGGAUGUUUUCUAUUAUGCAAAUGCUAAAAACUCAUUUCAUAUAUUCUGGCUUGUGAAAGGCUCAGACAUCAAAGGAGUGAAAACAUCAUUUUUCUUGAUGUCAUCUUAUUAGUCGGGCUUCUUCUUCAAGACAGGAAACCUCAAUCGAGUUAUGAAUAUAUCUGUGAAAAAUGUCUGCAAAUUUAUCUCCUUUUUGUGUUUCAGUUCCACAAAGUGAUUCAGGAUUUAAAUUUCAUGGCAGACCGGUAAUUAGCCCGCUGAUUCACAAUGACAGUGCGCUGGGGUGUUGUGUGUUUCCGCAGGUGGACUUGCAGCAGAACCCGUGGGAGUGCAACUGUGAAGCGGCUCCACUCAAGCGUUGGCUGGAGGGGCUCAGCGCGGUGGUAGUGGUGGGAGAAGUGGUCUGCCAUUCCCCGGAAAAGACCAAAGGUGUGGACCUGCGCUCCCUCUCCAUGGAGCUGCUUUGCCCCGAGCUGGAGCCGCAGGAGGACCAGGAGCAGGAGGAGCAGCAGACGGCCACCUCCACAGCUGCGGACGGAGGCGUAUCAGUCAGCUACCCAAGCUCAGGCCUGGGCCCGCUGAUCCCUCCGGGGAAGGAUUCAAUCCCUCUGUCGGUGCUGGUGCUCAGCCUGCUGGUGUUGUUUGUGUCGGCCUUCUUUGCAGCGGCAGCGCUAAUCGCCUACGCCCUGAGGAGGAGGGACAAGCUGCCAUUCCGCCGCCAGGGAGAGGUCGACUUGGCGGGAAUCCAGAUGGAGUGCGGAAUCUUCACAGAGCAGACGCACCAUCACCACCACCACCACAGCCAUCACGGCCUCCCGGAGACGCCGCCCUUACCUGCGCCGGAGCACAACCACGUGUAUGACACCAUUCUGCCCCCGGAGGCUGCGCUCAAAGGUCAGAGCCCGACCGCAGCCCCGCACAUGUGUAGCAACCCCAUUUAUAAGGAGGAGCAGGAUGCGGCGGUGAAGCAGCGGCCGCAGACGUUCGCAGCUUCCAAAGAGAGUGGGGAGGGAGGUUACAGCUCUGCAGCAGACAAAGAGAGAGAGUGGACUCUGGAGGUGUCAUCGUCCCCAAUCAACACCAUCACCGGAGCGAUGGGACCGCUCGCCGGCCUCCAUGGUAACGGCAUCCUCUGCCCCACUGUCAUCGACAGCCAAGGCCCAACGCCUAAAGUAGAACUGGUGGACUGCCUCUUCAGACUCCCCACCCCUGAAUUUAGAGACCUGCCAGACAGGUAUGCCAGGCCUCCACCCUGCUACCCCCACCCCCCAGAUUCCAAACAGGAAACCAGACCCGACCAAACGCUCGUGGUCACCACCGCCAGCUCCACGGCAGGCGGUGGCAGCAGUAGCCAGAGCGAGCAGGGAGCAGGAGAGCAGAGACUGAGGACCACUCCGGACUACAUGGAGGUGCUGGAUCGCUCUUACCAGUUUUAACACUCCUCCUUCACCUUAUCCUCUUCUUCCUGCUCCUCCUCCUCUCUCUCGUCUCAUCAUCUCCCUCUCUGGCGAUGAAUCAUCCGGUAACAAUGACUCCUGUACAGAGGCUGGCGUGGCUUUAAGAGGAGCCUGUGGGGGAGUGGGACUUCGCUACACACCAUGUUUAUUCCUGGAUAACGAGCUGAGGUCAGUUUUUUUGUAUUUUCCCCACAACAGGUCGGUGUUCUGCAAGGAUUAGCUGAUCCCAGAGAUCCGCCUUGGGGCGAAACUUCAGCUGCAGCUACUACAGAAAUUUUCCCUCCAUUACGCCUCACAGUCAUAAAAAAAAGUACUGAGGCUAAUUUUUUUUUCCACUUAGCUCCACAUUGAACAGGAGACAUCGUGGUAACGGCUGAGGUGGGCGGUAAUGUCCACGUUAUCGCUCUCGAAGGACCUGCGCGGAGGUGAAACGCACCAGCCCCCUUUGCAACAUCCAACGCCGAUCCGUAAAUCGUGGCAGGUGUGCGGACACGUCAGCUGGAGACGCGACUGAGACAAAGCGAGAGGGGGGAGAAGUGACUGAAAACAGCCAAGUGCCUUAGCAAUGAACAGCCAGCAGCGUGGUCAAUGCUUAUUUUUCUAUGAAUACAGAUCUAUUUAUCUAAACAAAGAGGUUUGACUACCACCGGAUAGGACGCUGAUGGACGACAGAGACUGAAAGCAAUCAAAGCCGCCGGAUAAUUGCAUUCCCUGGAUGAGCCAAAAAUAAUAAUAUACACAGUCAAUAUUGGAGUUGUUUGUAUGCAGUUCAGUUCAUUUUCAUCUCAUCCAGUUCACUUAAUUUUGCUUAUCCAGUUGAAUUUUUUACAGGGCUAGAUGAAAGGACUUCUCCAGGAGCGAUGGUUGGAUCGCAGAGGAAAUGAUACGCACCUGUUUUUUAUUAACGCCGGACUUAACGAAGGAAGGCCGACUUACAGACGGACAUUGUGGCGAUGGAUGCAUUUUGGAUUUUAUUAAUCAGUCAGACUUAAUGGAGCUGGGAGGACCUCUGCUCCGUAUUUUUUCUUUUCUGGGACUAAGGCACUGCGAUUAUUGUAUUGAUUUUUUUAGUAUUUCUCUCAAAGGAAAAUCUGAAUGGCAGACAAAAAAGAAAUGGACUAAAAAAAAAAAUAGGCUUUUUUUGUCAAGAAAAAAAAAAGACUGACACUUCUAUCAACUAUCGAUUAUUAUCUUUUGCGGAGGUACCUUUUUAUGCUUUCAUCUCCUACCAAUAGUAGAGGCAGUUGUGAAUAUAUUUAUUCUUAGUUUUUGCGUGUUGAAGCUCUCCUGUAAGGGAUCAUGUUAUAUUAAUGUAUAGGAUGAUUCUGCAUCUGGUUCAGCCUUCUUACCGCCGACCCACGAAAUACAAUAAAGGGUGCUACGUAAAAAAAAUAAUAACACU